GCCUCCUAUCCAGUCCUCGAAAGAAGCAGAUCUCUUGUUAUCCAAAAUGGUCGAAGAAAAACGAUGAUCAUAUAAAACUACACGAAGUGGCAGCCAUGGCCGGGAUGCAGCAGUUUGCCCCCGGCACUACAGUGAAUCUGUCAAUGUUGGUUGAUAUGGCUCUGCAAAAAGCCUAUCAUGAACUGACCCUACUGUCAGAGCUAUUACCAAGGAAAUCAGAUAUUGGCAGGAAAAUAGAAAUUAUCCAGUUUGCAACCAAUACUAGACAGCAGUUUGUUAGGCUACUUGCUCUUGUGAAGUGGGCUGCUAGUGCAGAAAAGGUUGACAAAUGUCAGGAAGUUUCAGCCUCAUUAGACCAACAGAAUAUGUUUUUUAUCAAUACUGCUGACACACUUGCGAGGAUGGCUAGAGAGACCCUGGCAAAUGCAAGGCUCCCAAACUUUUCUUUGCCAACUGCAGUUGAUGUUUUGACAACUGGAACAUUCAAUCGACUACCACGUUGUAUUAAGGAGAAAAUUGUCGCUGCUGAUUCAAUAACACUUGCAGACAAGAAAAAGACUCUAAACCGACUUAACGAGGUUAUAAGAAACAGGCUGGCGGUCUCAAAAAUACCAACACAGUUUUCAUCUCUUGUGAUAAACGAAGGAAGAGUGACGUUAAUUGUAAAAGACGAAUUUGAGGCUACCCUCACAUUGAUGGGGGAUCAACAGAGUAUUCCAUGGCGAUUACUAAAAAUUGAGUUUCUUAUCAAAGAUUUUGAAACUGGAGAUGGAAAGCCUUUGGUUCAUAAUUUACAGAUUCAGUACAUACACCAAUUGCUGCAAUCGCGACUGAUGGCUGGCACUGACCCGUUUCUUGAUGUUUAUGAUUGCUUGCACUAUUUCACCAUGUCACUUCAACUGGAAGUUCUACAUACCCAGGCCAUUCGACUGAUUAAUGAAAAAUGGGGUGACCUCGUCAAAGUGGAAGAAUAUAUUACAGGACAGAAGCUGGUGAUUUCGUAUUGGAGGUCUGCACAAAGUCAAGUAUCAGCGCCUACAGUCUUAAUCAAAAGUCUUGGCACGGAGCCAUCAAAUCUGCUUCUCUUCCACCAACCCGAAAUCAACAACAGUGAUGAUAUUUUCAAAAGAAAUGCAGCUACACAAUUGUCGCCAAGCUGUGUGGCCAUGGAGAAUAUUCUUACGCUUGCUAUCCUGGAGCGCUCGAAGUUCAAAUUAAAGGCUUUAACAAACAAAUUGCAACAGGAUCCAUACUUCAAAAAAUAUGCUGUCUUUGAUGACCAAAUUCCAUCGAUUUCUAUUCGACCAUUCGAUGACUGCACGCCAUCGGAGUACAUCAUCAUUAGCAUCGAUUCCCGGACAGGGAAAAUCAAAAUGAGGAUUGAUGAACGCGUGAAAGAUGUAAUCAAGAAGCACGAUCUUCUCAAAUCAUUAAGCACUGACAUAAAGGAAUUCAAAGCUGCGUUCCAUAGUCUAAGGUGUUAUAUCUUCCUGGCUAAAUGUGCAAGCAACGUCUCGUCGUUACCCGUCACUCCAUGUUUUUAUUUGCCGUUCACAAGCCGUCUAUUUUUGCGUUUCAAUAAACAUCAGAAUUAUGCCCUGAUGAUAGAUGUGAUUGCUGACACCAAGCAUGACUGUUGCCCCUUAAAAGAUAGCUACCACCUUCUGUCAACGACCACAUCUGACCACUCUAUGCAUAGGAAACGAACAACAUCUACAUCAGAGUCUGAACAGAAAUUGAAACCGCGUCCGGAUAAGGUGGAAACCCAGUCAAGGCAGCUCUUGUUUUCAAACCCAGAGAGUAUGGUACAAAUGAACCCGGAUGCAUUUGCAGAUACCAGUAGCUUAGAGUCAGGGUCAUCUUCAGAGCCACCACGAAAACGGAAGGCUAUUGGUGAUGAAACGAUUGUUAAAGGACAGAAGAAAUGCGCAGGGGUCGACGAAUCGAUUGGUCCAUGCUGCGCAAGCAAGCAACAGUUGGUCUCCAUGGUUUCAACUUGUCAUAUUCGGAUUCCCUACAUCCAUGUCAGUAAAGAGCUUUCACGUGCCGGAAUCCCCUUUCAGAAUGUACUAUCCGACAUGCAUUCAGAACCAUUCAUACGAAUACUAGAACUUCCCGACAUAGAAGAUGCCAGUCCAAAGCAAAUGGCAGCCUUGCGAAAACUACUGUUGGUAUGCUCAAUGCGUCUUCACGAGUCAAUGUUCUCCUGGGUCGUCGAAUAUCGAUUCUCGAAAAGCCCAUUCAGAAGGAUCUGCGAAGCGGACCGAGCGAAAUUUUGUGUUAGCUCGGAAUUCAUAUAUGAAAGAACAGAUACGGACCUUGGAGAGCCUGCUAAGCAAUCAAUCACUGACAGAAUAAGAAAAGAUUGGAAAUCUCUGUUGGUUAUGUACGAGCAUUCCUUGAUCAUAAGGGAAUAUCUCGAAGACAAGAGAGGAGAACUACACGAUGUCAUAACAGUGGAAAGUUUUGACUUUCAGACACUUAUUGUUUCGUAUGGUAAAACACGUAAUUACAAGGUUUCUAUAGCCUGGAGUUCUGAAAAGGAAGAAUUCGUGCUGCAUUUUGGAAUUACUAGCAAGACCCCAGAAUCUAAUCCUCAUCAACUAGUUGAGCGAGAGCUUACGCGAGAGUUCAAUAAAUACAAAAAUUUACCGUAUCUACUCUAUGUAAUCGUCAAAACACUACCACCUCUCCAUGCUAUUAGCAAAAUACCUACAACGCCCAUGCUUGGGACAACUACGCGGCCUCUACUGCCAAUGCAGAACUUUUCGAUUGUCACCCAAUCUUCGACACAUAUUCGAAUCUUCUACAAAAAGACACAUGCUAUUGAUGUCAAUCUCUUGGGCGACAGUAUCACAGUGAGAGAUGGAAGCUUUUGCUCCGAUCAAGAUCCAAGUAAACAACUUAACGGUAUUGUUCCUGCAGAAAAUUUAACUGUGUUUCUUCAUCGAUUCGCUGAUAUUCCUGAGUUCAGUGCCAAUCAGACCUCAUUCGAUUUGGACAUAUCCCAGCGAGAUGGUUACCAGCAAAUGCAUGGAUCUCCGAGUCAGUCUUUAAGUGCAUCUAUGCGUUCUCCAGCGUUUUCCUCUCCAACUUCGCUUGGUACGGCAGGGUCAACAUCAGCCGGUCCGUAUUCCGGUCAACUAUCGUCACUCAGUCCGGCCAAUCGGUACACAGGAUCAUCACCAGGCUUUAUUCAACCAUCACCCGCACCCGCGAAUUCGGCAUCUAUGACGUCACCUGCCUCUUGGCCCCAUUCGCCUCAAGUUUCUCAGGGAUCCCCACUGUACACCAAAUCAAGUGUGGUCCCUGGAACAGCAGCAGGUAGUGACCAGUUGUCUCGUUCAGCAAGUGGUUCCUCGACGCCAUCGCCGCCAGUGAUUUUGUCUUCUUCAUCGUUCGCCCUUCUCGUCACCCCCAUGGAGCAAGACUUCCCCGGUCGAAAAGCAAAGUACUUGGCAUCACCCCUACAGAGAUUCUUUGAUUCUUUAUACCUCUUAAAACAUCUUCAGAGAGUUAUUCGAAAAGAUGAAACGCUCCACCUUGAGAAGCUCGACAUUCUGGUGUUUUCCGGGAGUCAAGAUUCGGGCUUGCAGUAUACAGUUGGUAUCAACCAAUCAAAUUUCGAGACGUUGCACUUAAACAUUUGCCUUAAGCAAGGAUUCGAAAACUUCUGGACGCCGGACGAGUUGCGCGUGUUGAAACAGUUUUUCGAGGUCGUGGUUGCACCCUGUAAACUCAAUAUUCUUACUGGGUUUGCAAGGCUGCUGGGAGCGACUCCUCGGAUUCUUAAAGAUGCUAUCAAGAUAAUGCGAAUCGAAAUGCAACCAGAGCCAAACCAACGAUGGUUUAUCGAGUGGUCAUUCAUGACUCCACCUUGUAUCGUCGCGUCCAUUGCUGCCCCAGGCACACCCGCCGUUGUUCUAAAAACAAAGAACUUAUUCUUCUUUCAGCUCACUGAUGUCGAAGAUCCUAACAGGAGAUUCGUAUUCUCCAUACUUUAUGAUUCAACAAAAAACAUUGUGCAGCCAACAGAAUUCCCACAGUUGCAUGAUUUCCCACAAGAGCCACCCUCCUGGGCUAAGCCUGCAAGAGAAGCUUGUAAUUUGUUUUUGAAAAGGAUUGCUGACAGUGUACCAGAUCAAGAAUGCCGAUUGUUUCCAACUCUGCAGACAUUGGUAAAUAAUUUUGUCUGCCAUUAAAGGAGAUGUAUUAUCAAUCUGAUAACAGAAAACACUUGUGCAACUUCUCAGAAAAUACUGACAUUGGUUACGGGACAUUCAACCAAGAUCACUUGAAUGACGUCAUAGUUACACUUCCGUCAAAUACUUCAGUGAAAUGUUUUCCAUGAAAUGUUAGUCAAAAACACUUUUGGAGUAAGGAGAACUUUUAUCCUCUCGGAUUGAGUCUUAUGUAUGAAUUUUAUUAAAAACAGAAAGAGGUAGAAAUAAUA